CCAGCACACCAGCCCAGGAAACUUAUAACCUCUGGAGGCAGGGCCCUCCCCUCACUGUGGCCGCAUACCUCCCGAAGAGCGGACCGACCAGCAGCCAGCUCCAUCGCUCAGGGCAUCUGCCUCAGUCUCCGGACCCUCCAGAACUCUCUGCUCCCAAACCACCAAACAGCCAAGAUGCUGGUGUUACUGGCUGGGAUCUUUGUGGUGCACAUUGCUGCUGCUAUAAUGCUCUUUGUCUCCACCAUCUCCAACGUCUGGAUGGUUUCAAAUGACGUAGCAUCCUCCGUGGGACUUUGGAAGAACUGUACCAGUGGUGAUUGCACUGACACCCUGACAUACGGCGAAGAAGAUGCUCUCAAGGCAGUGCAGGCCUUCAUGAUCCUCUCCAUCAUCUUCUGUGUUAUCUCCCUUGUGGUCUUCGUGUUCCAGCUCUUCACCAUGGAGAAGGGAAACCGCUUCUUCCUCUCAGGGUCCACCAUGUUGGUGUGCUGGUUUUGCAUCCUGGUCGGAGUGUCCAUCUACACUCACCAUUAUGCCCACGGCGAGAAGAACUUUACCACCCCAAACCACCAUGGCUACUGUUUCAUCCUGACCUGGAUUUGCUUCUGCUUCACUUUCAUCAUUGGCAUUCUCUACAUGGUCCUGAGGAAGAAAUAAGAUGAACAAGCUUAUGGGGACUUGGUGGGGCGGGCGUAGGGAGGAGGAAACGGCUUAAUCUGGGAGGGAAGCAGAAGUUAUU